CAUUAAAACAACAAUGCUCCAUUAAGAAACCUUGAUCCUUUAACUGUUUUGUUGAGUAUACCCAACGAGGCUAUCGGGCAUUCCUAUGGAUGGCAUUUGUUGAGUUUAGUACAUAUAAGUUAAUCAAUCCUCCCUUUAUUCUUACGAGUGCCAUGAUGGUGAAUUACUCUAGGAGGCACAGGAACGACAGCAGUACUAUAUAAGGAUCCUGUAUUUCCAUAGUCCCAUAAUUUUCUAUAAAUAUUUCCACAGAUACUGUUUGCAGCGUUCGAAAUCCAAAGCACUAUGUCUUCAUCAAACUUGUUAGCGUCGAUGAAGGCCCUGGAUCUUAGUCCGUCGCAAGGUGAUAAGGAUUCAAAAGUCAUACACGUCAAGAACGACAAACCGAUACCGAAACCCCGAGCUAAUCGCCGAUUCAAUGCAGAAGGAAGCUCACCCAAAUUAUCAAGCACUGAACAAUGGGACACUUCUCUUCCAUCUGCAGCAAGAAAUGCUGAGUCCGGAACUCUGGCUACGUCGCACCGAGCGCCAAAAUCACGGAGGAGACAAAAGCCGAAAGCGCGAGGUUUAGAUAAAUCGUGGUCUAUGUAUCCAGCAUUGCACGAUAGUGUAAGCCACCUAUUAGAGGAGGACGAUCUCUCCUUUACUUUCUUCGCAAUCGACGAGGACAAAGGAUCUAUUGAAGAAUACGAUACUAAUAUCAUGGGACGCUUCAAAUGCUUGAAUGAAGUUUGCCCCAAAGCCGGAUGGGCGAGCAAUAUAAUUGCAAUUACGAUACGAAUGUACUCUGAACAACAAUACAAUGCCCGAGUCUAUCACCAACGCUGCAAAAGUUGUGGAAGUCUUAGUCAACCAUUCCCGGAUGAUUCAUACGCAAAGAGAAUUGCAUAUCGUCUCAAAAAGUGGAGUGGUAUAGAGAUGGAUCGACCCUCUUAUACGGUUCGUGGGAGUAAGCGUCCACAUGAAAGUGCUCUGUGCGAGGGUUGCAAACACGGGCAUUGCAAGCUUAGUCUGGUCUUAGAAUGGAAAGGAGUUUAGGAAUGGAAAUCUUCCUUACGCAAUCUUUGGAUGUGGUAAUUUUUUCAAGAAUUCUUAGUCUGUAGUUUAGUCUUUGAUUUAACUGUCCGUUGACC